CGUGCAAAAGUUGUAGCAUUAGAGGAGGACUUACGCAAAUCUCGUCAAGAGGCCUCUAAUCAUCAAAACCUUUGUCACCAACUAGAAAAGGAGUUGAAGGACCUUAAAGAUUGUGAAAAACAAAUAAUGCAAAAGAGAUCAAAAACAAUCUCUGAUCUACUCAUGUCCGUUUCGAAAGCUGAGAGGCAGGAAGCCAGGAUGAAAAUACGGCAGGAUUCACUGAGACUUGGUAAUGUUGGUGUGAUCAGAGCGGGAACCAUUAUAUCUGAGACAUGGGAAGAUGGACAAGUGUUGAAAGAUCUAAAUGCUUAUCUUAAACAGUUGCUAGAAACUAAGGAGGCAGUUGAGCGGCAACGGAAAUCACUGAAAAAACGACAAUCUGAUAAGGGUGACGGAGCUGAUACAGAAUCGGGAGUUCAUGAAGAAGAUCUUCUGAUCCAGGAUGAAAUAUAUAAAUCUCGUCUUGCCAGCCUAAAACGUGAAGAAGAAGUUAUACUGCGUGAGAGAGAUCGCUAUGAACUGGAGAAGGGAAGGCUUAUACGUGAGAUGAAACGGAUACGAGAUGAGGAUGGUUCUCGUUUUAACAACUUUCCCAUUUUGAAUAGCCGAUACUCCCUUUUGAAUCUUCUUGGCAAAGGAGGAUUUAGUGAGGUUUACAAGGCAUAUGACUUGGUAGAGCAUAGAUACGUUGCAUGUAAGCUUCAUGGUCUGAAUGCUCAAUGGAGUGAAGAAAAGAAACAAAGUUACAUUCGACAUGCAAUUCGGGAGUAUAACAUCCACAAAACCCUGGUGCAUCAUCAUAUUGUUCGGCUUUGGGACAUUUUUGAGAUUGACCAAAAUACAUUCUGCACUGUUUUGGAGUAUUGUAGUGGGAGGGACCUUGAUGCUGUUCUGAAGGCAACACCUGUACUACCCGAAAAGGAAGCAAAGAUCAUUAUUGUUCAGAUAUUUCAAGGCCUUGUAUAUUUAAACAAAAGAGCUCAGAAAAUUAUACACUAUGAUUUGAAGCCUGGGAAUGUUCUGUUUGAUGAGCUUGGUGUUGCAAAAGUGACUGAUUUUGGUCUUAGCAAGAUAAUGGAGGAUGAUGUUGGAUCUCAGGGUAUGGAACUUACUUCUCAAGGAGCUGGAACAUAUUGGUACUUGCCUCCUGAAUGCUUUGAGCUCAAUAAAACCCCUCUAAUUUCCUCCAAGGUUGAUGUCUGGUCAGCUGGUGUCCUCUUUUACCAGAUGCUCUUUGGAAGGCGUCCCUUUGGACAUGACCAAACCCAGGAACGAAUACUGCGUGAGGACACAAUUAUCAAGGCACGCAAAGUUGAGUUUCCUUCUAGGCCUAGUGUUUCAAAUGAAGCAAAGGAUCUGAUUCGGCGAUGUCUAACAUACAACCAAGCAGAGAGGCCAGAUGUUUUAACCAUUGCACAAGAUCCAUAUCUUACAUACUCAAAAAGAUAACAGCACAACACAGACACUGAAAAAACGGCCAAAACUGCCAAGCAGGGAGAAGCAGAAUUAUCCUCGGUCGACUUCACAUGAACACAUUGCCUUCCAGCCUCAUAAAAUUUUGUAUAGUUUUGUAAAGGUUUUUGUCGUUUAUCGCAUCCGGUUCCUCCCUGCUCCUUAGUAUAAAACCCCCACAGUUGUAAGCUUUUUUCUUUGCCUUGUUAAUCUAGUUUUCAUCAAUCCCGGUUGUAUGUUUAUGGGGCUUGAAACAUUUUUUGAAGGAAGAAAAUCUGAUGAGCCACAGAAAUCCUUUUAAAGCAUUCUA